CCGCGCCCGUCGCUCGGCUCCGCACCGCUCCGCACCGCUCCGCGCCCUGCCCUGCCCUGCCCGGCCGCAGCCCCCGCGCCGCCCCCCAUGGUGCUGCCCGGCCCGCCCGGCAUGGCCCGCUCCGAGGAGGUGCACCGCCUCACCGAGAAUGUCUACAAGACAAUCAUGGAACAGUUCAAUCCCAGCCUCAGGAAUUUCAUUUCUAUGGGGAAGACCUAUGAAAAAGCCUUAGCAAGUAUGACCUACGCAGCAAAAGGAUACUUUGAUGCUCUGGUUAAGAUGGGAGAAUUGGCCAGUGAAAGCCAAGGAUCUAAAGAAUUGGGAGAUGUACUCUUCCAGAUGGCAGAAGUCCACAGGCAGAUCCAGAACCAGCUGGAGGAGAUGCUCAAGUCAUUCCACAACGAGCUCCUGACGCAGCUGGAGCAGAAGGUGGAGCUGGACUCUCGGUACCUGAGUGCUGCGCUGAAAAAAUACCAGACAGAGCAAAGGAGCAAGGGGGACUCGCUUGACAAGUGCCAGGCAGAGCUGAAGAAACUUCGGAAGAAGAGCCAAGGCAGCAAAAACCCCCAGAAAUACUCUGACAAGGAGCUGCAGUACAUUGAAGCCAUCAGCAACAAGCAAGGAGAGCUGGAAAACUACGUCUCUGACGGGUACAAGACGGCUCUGACGGAAGAGAGGAGACGGUUCUGCUUCCUGGUGGAGAAGCAGUGCGCAGUGGCCAAGAGCGCCAUCGCCUACCAUGCCAAGGGGAAGGAGAUGCUGACGCAGAAGCUGCCGCUGUGGCAGCAAUCCUGCUCGGAUCCCAACAAGAUCCCAGACCGGGCUAUACAGCUGAUGCAGCAGAUGGCUGCCAGCAGCAAUGGCACCAUCAUGCCCAGCCCUCUGUCUACAUCCAAAUCCAACCUCAUCAUCUCUGACCCCAUCCCUGGUGCCAAACCUCUCCCUGUCCCCCCGGAGCUGGCACCUUUUGUAGGACGCAUGUCGGCGCAGGAGGCCAUGCCGGUGAUGAACGGAGUCUCAGGCCCAGACAGUGACGGGUACAACCACUGGUCUGAGAUGAAGCCAGCACAGCCCAAAUCUUUAUCUCCUCCCCAGCCUCAGAAGCAGCUGAGUGACUCUUACUCCAACACGCUGCCAGUUCGCAAAAACGUGACACCGAAGAACAGCUACGCGUCAGCUGAAAACAAGACGCUGCCGCGCUCCAGCUCCAUGGCUGCAGGGCUUGAGAGGAACGGCCGGACGAGGGUGCAGGCCAUUUUCUCUCAUGCUGCUGGAGAUAACAGCACCCUCCUGAGCUUCAAGGAGGGGGACCUCAUCACACUGCUGGUGCCAGAGGCCAGGGAUGGCUGGCACUACGGAGAGAGCGAGAAAACAAAACUGAGGGGCUGGUUUCCUUUCUCCUACACACGGGUCCUCGACAGCGAUGGCAGCGAGCGGGUCCACACGGGCCUGCAGCAAGGGAAGAGCAGCAGCACGGGCAACCUGCUGGACAAGGACGACAUCUCCAUCCCGCCGCCCGACUAUGGCAUGGCCUCCCAAGGCUUCCCAGCUCAAGGUGCCAACACCUUCAAGCAGCGGCCAUACAGCGUGGCCGUGCCAGCCUUCUCCCAGGACUACCUAAUGCCCUAUGGGUGUGCAAUUAAAGACUACCCCAGUGGCCUCUGCCAGCUGCCCUCUGCUCACUACAAGCCCUACCUUAGGUCGACAGCUGGUCUCGAUGACUACGGGACAAGGUCGGUCAGCAGCCCCGAUGUUGAAGUGGCCAGGUUUUGAGGUGCCCCUGCCUGUAGUUAGUAAGUUGACGGUCUCGGGGGGCCGAGGCCCUGGGUGUGCUGGUGUUGGGUGACGGCCGCGGGGCUGCGCGGGGACGGUGCCACCGCUCUGCUUCCACCCCUGCACCCAGCCACCUGCGUGUCCUCUGCCUUGGCCACCGCUUGUCCCCAUCCUGGUGGUGGGAGCUCCAGGUGCACCUGCGCUGCCGCUGCACGGCUCCUCGCUCCGCCGCCGUGCCGGGGCUGUGCUUCUCAGGAUGCUGAGCUGCUCCUCCUGCUCUGCCGCAUCCCCCACUCCCUGUAACCACCUCCUUUGGUUGUAGGUCUCCGGUCUUCGCCGUCCCACCAGCGCCCGGGUGCUGCAUCGCCCUCCCCAGCCCUCCCGUGGGGACGGAGAGCUGACCCACGCUAACAUCAAGUUUUUUCGAGCAGCUUCUUUUGGUUGUAGACUGCCCUGGGGACAUGUCUCAGGAGCCUCCUCGUUCCAACCCCAGCCAUGGCCCCAGGGUCAGAGUUUCCUCAGGAGCCAGGACCCCCCUCGCUGGCAUUGCAGAGCCCUGGAGAGCCCUUUCCCUGUUUCUCUUUGAUCCGUGAGCUGAUUUUCCUGUGGCUGCCAGAGCUGUGGGCUCCUGUCCCUGUGGCUCUUCUCUGUCAGAACAAAACCAGUUAAAUAAUAACCCCCUGGGUGACUCAUCAAAGCAACCUUUCCUCUCCCUCCAGUCCUCAGAAUCCUGGGAGGGGGGAAGCGAUCCAAGGAUCUGCAUUAAUUAGGUGGGAAAUUAAUUACCCUAUUUUUAAGCAAAAGCCAUUUAUCUUUUGAGGAAAGGAAAAUUGCACUGGGAGAGGUGAGGGCUGCCAGGGGAGAGGGGCUGGGGGUUUUAUUCCCCUUCCUCCUGUCCCAUGAGAGCUGGCUGAGAAGGGCUGGGAAACAGACCUGCCAUGGCCUGGCCAUGGACCUAGUGUGUGGUGCCAUGGCAGUGCCAGGAGCUGAGUGGGGUUGUAGCCUCAAUGGCAGAGAGGAGAGGGUUGGUGCAGCUCCCUGAGGAUGGCCAAGACAGAGACUGGGCUGGGGACAGCCAAGUAGGGGGUCUGUGGGGUGCAGGGGGGCGGUCUGCAGGGUGUUGUGGAGUUCUGUGGCUCCCUUGGUCCCUGCUCCUAGUACAGGUUUGGAUAUGGCUGCACCCUCUGGGAUUUACCUGUCCUGCCAGGAGGGGACAGAGGGACCCUCCCCGGGGCAGGUAAGGGUGCUCCUCAUGUCACAGUACCCUUGUUCCCCGUUCUGGCUGCAGGACACGUGUGUGCUGGGGCUGUGUCUGCAGACCAGUGUGCUGCAGCAGCUGCAGCCAGCAAUGGGGUGUCCCUGGUGGGGAACACCUGGCUCAGCCUGGCCACUCCCCCCCGGCUGCGGAUGCUGCGGAUCCUGGGGUGGCCAAUGCCAGGAGCCAGGCUGGAUUCUGCCCCGUGGCCCUGUGCAGCCAGCCCAUCCAGGAGCCUUUCAUCUCUCUGUGUUCUCCCUCUCCAACAUUUGGCUUCUCCACAGGCUUCCCAGGUGGCAUGGCAUGGAGCUGGCAGGUCUGCCCGUGCCCAGGUGUCCUCAAGUGUCUCUCAGCAGAUGUUCCCAGGGAGCUGUAACGUCUGUGCCCCCAUAGUGGCACAAUGCAGAGCUGGGUGAUCUUGGGGUGCUGCCACAUGCAGGAAGGGCUUAAGCUUAGUCUGGGGCGAGGGGGCUGGAGCAGCUUCUCCAGCCUCUAGCGCUCCUUGGCAGCCCCAGCUUUAGGUUUGCUGGAUAUGGAGGCAGGAAAACACUGCGAGGAGCAGCCCUGGCUCUGCUCUGACAUCCACCACUGCUGCGGGUGAAGCAGAGAAGUGAGGGGCUCAACCCCUUCCCAUAUGCUGCUAGUGCUGGGUGGGUGAUGGGGAUACAGCUGGUGCCCCAGCCCCACUGCCACAGUCCCUCCUGCUCAACUCUGCCUUCCUCUUCCUCUGCAGAAACCCCUUUGCCAACGUCCAGCUGAAGCCAACGGUGACAAACGACCGCUCUGCUCCGCUCAUCAGCUGAUCCGGGAGCACCGGUGCCCGCCGCUCCCGCCUCCUCGCCGCUGCAUGUCCAGCUUUCCAGGACUUCAUUUUUUAGGCAGUUUAUUUAAUCCUGCUGCUUUCAAAGCCAAAGGCUAACACUAGUGCCCUACUUCUCUCUUCUCUAGACCCAGCUUAUUCCUCUCAGGGUUAACCCCUCUGCCACCUGUCUGUCCUUUGCCCACACAGACCUGUGUGUCCUGUGUGACCUUUUGCUUCUAGGCUUAGCAGCUGCUCACCGUGGUUGGGAGAACAGUCCCAGCUGGGCAGCAGCUCUCCAGAGGAGACCUGUGCUUCAGGAUGGAGCUGUGAUGGCAGAGGGGAGACACUCCCCCCUGCUCCCCUCACUCCCCAUCCAGAAGGGACCCCUGGGACAGGCAGGACCCCCCAUGCACACCAAGGGGUGGUGGGAGCCAUAGCCAGCUCCUGACAGACCCUGGCUGCCAACCCCAGGCUGGGCUGCCAGCAGUGGGGUGCUGGCACUGCAGCCCCCAAAGGGAUGGGGAGGGUCCCAGAGUCCCACUCCUGCAGUGCCAGGUGUCUGUACAUAGUAGGGUGUUAUGGUACUGCUGUAAAAAAUAAGCUAGGGAAAAAAACCACACUUUUGGAGGCAAGGGCUGUGUCUAAGUGUGCCUUGGGGUGCGUGGGGCUGUGGGGAGCCCAGUGGUGGAAGGGACACCCUGUUCCCCUCUGACAAGCUCUUCCAUCCACACCUCUUGCUUGGCUGGCUGCUCUUCCUCUAUUACUAGGGCUGCAUGAGAGAGAGAGAUAGAUAUAGAUAAUUAUACAUAUAUAUAUACACCUGCACACCCUCUAAGGUCAUUGCUGGGGUGUGCACCCCGAGCCUGGACCGUUCUGCAGCUCUGGCUGCUGCUGCACCCUGAGCUGAGCCAGCACGGCCAUCACAGCCCUGCUACAGAAACAGGGAGACAGGAGUUUUCCAGGCAGGAACCAGGUCUCCCAUGCGUGAGCAGUUUUGUGCUGGGCAGAGCAGGGGAUCAGCAACCUCAGAGGUUUUGCCUUUUCCAUUGUGUUUGUCAUUUUGCACUUUUUAAUCACUGGUGCACAGCGCGGGCUUUGCUGAGCUCCAGCCCGUGGGUUUCCAUGCAGGCUCCUUCCCAGGUGGAUGCGCUGGCUCGUCGCUGCAUCGUCCCCUCCCAUGGUUUUGGAAAGCAGCUUCUCCUGCCAUGACUCAGGCUCUGGCUGGGGUCUCCCAUCAACGUGCUGCUGCUGCUUCCUCUCCUGGGACUGGAGCAGAUGGAUGGGGGGGACAGGGCAAGGGGAAGGGCUCCUCUGGGGUGGGAGAGGGCUGGGAGCUCACAGCCUGGGGUGGGGGGCAUCCCUGGGGGUGCCCUUGACUACCAGACCAGCAUUAUCCUCUUCCAGCACCCCCCAGAACCCCCAGGCAGCCCCCCUGGGCUCCAGCCAGCCCCUGGGGCUUCGCUGCACCUCCUGGCUUGGUGGUACCUGCAAGAUGUAACCUGAAAUAAUUUUUUAUGAGAAAAAGUAAUUUAUGAGCAAUAAAAUCUGCCCCCUCCCA